AUGAGUUACCUGACCUCUGACCCUAAUCAGACAGAGAACACUGACCCAAUUAUCCGACCCCCUUACUUCUUCAUCAGUGGUUUCAUCGACAUCCCCCACAUGGACUACUAUUACAUCUUCCUCUGCUUCGUAUACAUCAUCUCUCUGGUGGGCAACACCUUCGUUAUGAUGGUUAUCUACAUGGACAACAGUCUCCACAGGUACCAUAUGAUGGUGACUCACAGGUCCAUGUUCCAGCUGACAGGUGCUGCCUGGGCGUUUGCUGUAUUCCUGGUUUCUCUGGCUGUGUUCUUCAUCACCCGACUCUCCUUCUGCCGGUCUCUGGUGAUCAACAGCUACUUCUGUGACCACGGUCCCCUGUUCCGUCUGGCGGCCCCCUGUUCUGAUGUGGUCCCUAACAUAGUAAUAUCUUAUCUCAACCCCUGUAUAGUCCUCUAUUUCCCCAUGGUCUUCAUCAUAUCAUCAUACAUCUGUAUCACACACGCCCUGUUCACCAUCACACUGCCCCAGGACAGAGUCAGAGGCUUGAAGACGUGUACCUCACACCUGAUACUUGUAGCCAUAUUCUACCUGCCUAUUAAUAUCACCUACCUCCUUCACCCAAUCAUACCAACCAACGCCCGGAUAUUCAACCUCUCCCUCACUUUGGUGCUGCCGCCCAUGCUCAACCCCUUCGUAUAUGUUCUAAAGACAGAGGAGUUUAAGGAAUCGGCCAAGAAGCUGCUUCGGGAGUGUUUGGCCCAGUGUCUGGUCUUUGCCGUGACAGUCAUGGCUAACUCCAUCAUGGCUGUUAUCUACCUGGCCAGGAACCUCCACAUGGUUAAACUCAGGCUCAACAAACAGGUGGUCAUCAGAGACCUAAUUAGAGUGUUGGUAGACCUGGGAUCCUGA